AUGACGCACCCCGCCUGGAAUGAAGACACGGGUGGGGCGGUCUACCGUUCUCGGGACCCCAUCUGCAACCUCCGGAUCAGGGUUUGCCUCCAGCGGGUGACUUCUACCAGCCUCCUGCUGCAGCAGCUCCAGCAGCCCUCCUGCCAGCCAGGCCAGCAGCUCAUCAGCUUGGCCACUCUUGGCUCUCAAAACGCAGCAAGUGGGUACCGUCCAGAAGAGGAGGAAGAGGAGGCUGUGAUUGGCUGGCAAGAGAAACUCUUCAGCCAGUUUGAGGUGGAUCUAUACCAGAACAAGUCUGCUUGCCAGAGCCCACUGGACCGGCAGUACCACCAGGACAUCCUGAAGCUGGAGAAGUCUGGGGGACGGAAGAACUACCGGAUCUUCACGUACACGGACCACGACCGCUUCACCAACAUGGAGGAGCACUGCAAGCGGGUGACCACGUCUGCCCAGGAAGCACCUUCAUACUUAGCAGAGAGGAUGGCCAACGUGAGAAGGAGAAGGCAGGAGCGCAAGCCACUGGAUGGCAGCGUCUUCAAGUCCCGCAUUGUCACCUGGAAGCCCUCCGAAGAGUUCAUCAAGAACAAUCAUGUCAUCAACACCCCCAUGCAGACCAUGUACAUAAUGGCAGACCUGGGCCCCCAGGACAAACUCGGCCAUGGGGACUGCGAACACGUCCUUUGCACGAUCAGGGUGGAUAGCAAUGGAGUCAUCACAGUCAAGCCAGAUUUCACAGGCACAAAAGGGGCUUACCGGAUUGAGUUAGAAGGCGAGAAGCGGGAGCUGUGGAAGUACACUCUGGAGAACGCCUCGGCCGUGGUGCAGCGGGAGGAAGAGGAGCGAGAGCAGCGUGUCUUCAAGGAUUUGUACAGUCGGCACAAGGAGUACCUCCAAGGACUCGUUGGCUCUGACUUUGAGAUGACUCUUCCUGGGUCACUGCGACUCUUCAUUAAUGGUGAAAUUGUUUCAGCCCAGGGCUACGAGUACAACAAUCUCUACAUCCACUUUUUCCUGGAGCUGCCCAGCCGCUGGUCAUGCCCCCCAUCCCAACAGCUGUCCGGAGUGACACAGACCUGUGCCACCAAGGUCAUUGGCAAGGACAGGGUGGCCUUUUUCUCCUUCCCUUUCACUCUAGAGGUGUUUUUUACCCAAGAGGAUGAGUUGGAAGGCUCUCUCCCCCAGUGGCCUGUGCUCUACUUCGAGGUCCUCUCCUUGGAUUUCUGGCAGAGGUAUCGCGUCGAAGGCUACGGUUUUGUGAUGCUGCCAGCAACACCGGGGGCUCAUACCUUGACCGUUUCCACUUGGCGUCCAGUGGAACCCGGCACCGUCUCAGAACUGCGGCGGUUUUUCAUCGGCGGAUCUCCGGAACUUGAAGACUUGACCUACACCAGGGUGCCCAGCACCUUCCAGGGUGACCGCCUGAGUCGGUUCGGCUUCCGCACGGAGACGACAGGCAGCGUCACUUUCAGGCUGAACUGCCUGCAGCAGUCCAAGGCUUUCCUGGAGUCCAGCUCUAUGAAGAAGCGCAUGCAGAGUGUCCUGGACCGGAUGGGCGGCUUCAGCCAGCGGGGCUCCCUCUACGGUGUCCUAGAGGCAUUCCAGCGGGCUCGGAGGCGGAUGCAGGAAGCCCGAGAGAGUCUCCCCCAGGACUUGAUCAGUACUUCCACUGCCCAGCUGUGAAUUCCACG